AUGGUGAGCAAAGGGCUGCUGUCCCGAUAUGGAGAGGAGAGGAAGAAUUCAGUGACCUAUGAAGAUGUGCGCAUUAAUUUCACUCAGGAUGAGUGGAUUUUGCUGAAUCCUUCCCAAAAGAGUCUCUACAAAGAUGUGAUGCUGGAAACAUACAGGAACCUCACAGCUAUUGGUUACAGUUGGGAAGACCAUAAUUUUGAAGAUCAUUGUCAAAGUGCUAAAAAACAUGGAAGGUAA